GAUGUAUUAUAUUUUAUGAUCAUAUCACACAUGAAAUGAUAUAAUAUCUAUCAAUUUAUUGCAUAUAAAUUGCUGGAUUGGUUCAUAUUUGCGUACUAGUCUGAGGGACGCAGUUGAAAGCGAGGGCCGGUGGCGAUGUCGGGCACGCCAUUUGGACCAAUCAUAUUUAGCGUUACUAUUCCCAAAUUGCAAUAUGUUAUUUUUCAUAAUUGUCUAAUUUUUGCCAAAGUCUGAAAGUUUCGGUGAUUUUGAAAUGAUGAAUAGUUAGAGUAUAGAUGUGACGUUCACGGCCAUUAUCACAUGGUUCCAAAAACCGCAACAUUUGCUGGAUUCUGGCGCUUUUAGGUCACGUGAUCAAAUCAUUUCAGAAAUGGCGGCUUGCUACAGUUCCAAUAUGGAGGACGGAAAAACAGAGCGUGAAAACGGCAGAUAGACGACAGCAGGACAGUAAACAAUCGGACACAGGGACCCUCUGCACAACCGAGGUUUAGCUGGUACGGUUCAAAUCUGGGGCCAAAAUGAAGCGUGGCAGGGGGCGGCCACCCAAAAGUCCCUUUGUCUCAAUCGAUAGCCGAGUGAAACGGUUCAGAAGUGGCCGUGGCGGCGGCGGCGGAGAUGCGGGCAGCAGUGGCGGGACCCCGGCAAGUUCCCGGUCCAGCACGCCCGUGCACUCGGGAUCCUCCAGGACCCCGUCUCGGGAGAUGCGGAGCCGGGCCCGGGAGGCGGCACAGCGAAGCAAGCAGCUAAUCCACGAGGUGAUGAAAGUGGUGGGUGGUGACGAUGAGGAGGAGGAUGUGGACGAUGUGAGCGACGACCUGUCAGAGGAGGAGUCGGACGAGUCCGACUAUGCUGAGUCCGAGUCAGCUCUGAGUGUCUACUCCGAGAGUAGCUUCAGCACGGUCAGCAGCUCCAAACGGAGGUACAUCCGUCACCCCCGCCCAAAAUCCCCCGUGGUGUUCGAUGAUGAGCGCGAGGUACCGCCCCUGACCCUGCCCAAGUCAGGCGAGGACCUCCUCCUACCCACAGAACACCUGAUGGACGCCAUCGCCGUGUAUGAGGUCAUCAGGCACUUCAGGAUCAUCCUCCGAGUGUCUCCAUUCAGGUUUGAAGAUUUCUGUGCUGCACUUCUCAGCCAAGAGCAGUGCAGCCUCAUCGCAGAAAUCCACAUAGCAUUGCUCAAGGCUCUGGUUCGCGAGGACGAACAGAACAGCACGACUUUCGGUCCUCACGAUCUAAAAGACAGCAUCAAUAUAAAAAUGUAUUAUCUUGAUGCUAUGACCUGGCCAGAGCUGGUACGUUGUUAUGUGGAGAGCGACAAAGAAUUUCGUGACGUCUUGCCCUCAUGCAGUGGCCCAGACUGGCCGUAUGUACCACUAGAUGACAAGUUGAAGGUGCUCCGCCUCCUGACUGACCAAGUGCUUGUUUCCAAUGCUAUACGUGACUAUAUUUACACAGAGGGCACCGUGCAGUAUGACGACCAUUGUCGGGUAUGUCACAAACUUGGUGACCUCCUGUGUUGCGAGACGUGCUCAGCUGUGUACCAUCUGGAAUGUGUGCGGCCACCGCUAGAAGAGGUGCCAGAAGAUGAUUGGCUGUGUGAAGUUUGCGUCGCCCAUCAGGUGGGUGGUGUCACCGACUGCGUCCUGGAAGCAGAGAAAACGGGCCAGAUGAGCCGCCAGGAGCCGCUAGGGUACGACCGCCAUGGACGGAAGUACUGGUUCCUAUGCAGACGUGUCGUGGUGGAGAGCGACACAGAGACCUGGUACUACAGCACCAAGCUGCAGCUACAGGAGCUCCUGGGGACCCUGGACAGUCAGAACUACGAGAGGGACCUGUGUAUGGCCGUGGAGGAGACCAAGGACGAGCUGGUCAAGCACAUGAACGUGACGGAAAGACUGACCAAUGAGGCGCGAGGAAACCAGCGCUCCAUCAUCCAAUCAUCCAAUGAGGAAAUUGAUAAGCGCCUUGAAGAGAAGCGGAAACUGGAGGAGGAGAAGAGAAAGAAAGAGGAGGAAGAGGCCAUGAAAAGACAGGAAGAAAUGAGAAAGAGGGAGGAAGAACUGAGAGCUCAUCAGAUCGCCUCCAGUUUGGAGCAGCUGGCCCAGAUGACUGCACCUGUGAGUGGAGAGAUGGGACCUCUCGCACCUGUAGCAGCUGUAACACAGCCUGGGGAUGCUGUACCGCAGCCUGCACCUGCGCCAAGUGAAGUUACCGCUGUCUCACAGCAGACUACCACAGAAGAGACUACUACUACCACAUCCACAUCAUCAGAGACAACUAAAAUGGAAGUUGCAGAAUCUGCCCCAGACGGCAGCACUGUGACCUCCAGUGUCGUACAGGUCACGCAGUCAGUCACCACCACCGUUACUACGGUUACCAAAGUGGAGGAGACCAAAGUCGAGCAAAAUCAGGAUGGCGACUCUGUGUUGUCUUCAGCAGAAAAUGUCUCAGAGAAGAAGGAAUCUUCAGCUGACAAGAAUGAAGAGGAAAAGAAGGAAGUGUCAAGUGGCCCUACUGUAGUUAGCGUACAGUCUAUUCGCAGCGAUGUGAAGGAAAGGCAGUUGGAUGUCACUGAAAACAGCUCCGAUGACAAGGGUGCCUCCAGUACAGUCCCUUCAACUAACUCUAUAGUUGUAACCUCUGUCCCAGUAUCAACAGUGUCAACAACAGUGUCGGACCCCAGCCAACAGGUCCAACCUAAGGCAACCGUUAUCGUCAUGAACAAGGACGGGACCAAAGUGACGUAUGCCAUCCUCCCUAAAGGUACUACAGCUAGCACUACAUCUGCUUCAUCAGCCAGCAGCACCUCUGCAGGUACACUUACAACCACCACCACUGGCUCAUCUUCUACCGAUGGCAACCUGACUUCCUCCUCAUCUCAGCCUACUUCCACCACAGUUACCACAAGUUCUGAUGCAGACACAGCGUCCAGUUCUACCGGCUCCAGCCCACCCAAAACCCGCAUGGUCACUCGCUUGCAGAACCCAGAAAGCAAGCUGAGUCAGCGGUUGGCUGCUGCUCCCGUGGCAAGCACGGCUAACCUAACAGGCAAGGGCGGAGGAAAGGACUCCAUCUUGGUCAUCAAUGCACAGGGAGAAAUCAAACAGAUUGAUGGGAAGGGCUCCAGCAUGGUCAGCAACUUGUCCAAACCCAACCUGUUCCGGUUGGGUCAGGAGGGAAAGUUCCGUAUGUACGUGAACCAGUACACGUCCAACCAGCUGGCUCUGAACAAGCACCAACACGCAGAGGACAGGGACAGGCGGCGGGGUCUCACACAUAAGUUCUGCCUCAACACACAACAGGAGUUCAAAUGGCAGGGAACGGUGCACGGCAACAAGGCCCUGACGGUCUCAACCCUCCGGCUGACCCUGGUUCACCUGGAGAACUCCAUUCCCAAGCCCUUCCUGCACCCCCACUGGGCCACGUUUCGCACCAACUGGAUCAAGGCGGUCCACAUGUGCACUGCUCCCAAGGAGUUUGCCCUGGCCCUGUCUAUCUUUGAGAGUGUGGUGAAGCCAUGUGUGCUGCUGAAUGUAUGGAGGGACUCCCUGGGACAUGUCAGGUUGCAGCGGGUUACGGCUCUGGAGAAGGAUGACAAGAAGAAGAAGAAAGACCAGGGAAAGUUGUUUGAGGAGGAAGAGGUCGAAAAUCCAGUGUAUGUCAAGUACACCAUCCCACUGAAACAUCAGGUGUGGAAGUUGAAGGGAGAGGAGUACCGUAUCACAGGAAUGGGGGGCUGGAUGUGGCUAAGUGCCACCAGGACGCCACGCUUCCAGCCGGCCCUCCCCGUCCCAGACACCACCAAACCUCUCCCAGGCAUCAAGGAUCCCGUCCCAGAAUCCUCCAUCAAGGAGGAGGGGGCGGCAGGGGCUGCCAAAAACUACCUGGAUGCCAAGGUCAAAGUUGAAGAACCAGAGAUCUCUCCUGUCAAACAGAAAGCCAAAGAUGGAGAGGAGCCAAUGGAUGUGGAUGUCAUGAGUACACCCAUGAAAGAGGAGAAUAUGGAAGUUGAUCAGGAGUCCUCUGCCAAAAGGAAAGAAAAAGCAAAGGUCAAAGUUGAGACUCCAGGUUUGAAGGGGUUAAAGCGGAAAGCAGACUACUGGGAAAAGGGUCUAGGGAUUGAGACAAUCAAUGUAAGUGAAGGGUUAAAAAAGCACUUACUGUACAAAAAGCUCAAGCCAACCAAACUGGACGGUUUCCUGGACAGGAGAGAGAAACAGUUUGACCUUGAACAGAGGCAGAUUCUGUCAUCGGGGCCGCAGGGUGUCAAGGUUGAAGGACAAAAGGUUGAGGUUAAGAAGGAGGGAAGUGUAGCUGCAGGAGCGGCACAGUCCACUACAGGGUCUUCUGGGAACCAAGCGUCUGUUGCCAAAACAGUGACCUCGCCUGCUGCUGUCACCACGGCAACUACAUCGCUUACGUUGCCUGCACUCUCGACCAAGGUUACCAAACCAUUACCCACACCAGCUGCUGUGAAAGCAGCUUCAAGCCCAACCCCCCAGGCCAGUUCUCCAGAGAAGCCAUCUACCAAGUCUGGCCUGGGGAGCCCAGAAGGUGAUCCCAAGACAUUCGAAAAUGCAUUUAAAAACUUCCUCGGAAUUCCCGAACCCAUCGCAAAUGGAGAAGUUGACUCCUCUCAGUCUCAGAUGAACAGUAUGGUUUCCAAAGGUUGUCACCAGUGUUACUCUCCCUCCUGUUUGUCAGGUUCAGGGUCAUGUUACUCUACUGUGUGUAGGUGGCAGAGACACAUAGCAAGAAGUCAUGGAGAGGCUGACAAGGCAGUAGUCUCUCCUGACAGGACUAAGCAGCACCUCUCCCCUGUAUCAGGGAAAUCAGAUACAAACACAGACACAAACACAGACCCUGACACAGCUUGUGGCAGAAAAGGUGUUCCCAACGGGUCCAUUUUGGAUGGUAUGGUCUCCUCCAGGGGUUCUGAGGUCCCUGUGAGCGGAGCAUCGUCGCUGUUGUCCAGCAUUGUUAGUCAGUCUAAAGGGCAGGUCCCGGCAGCCUGCAGUACUGCACAAACUGCCUGCACAGGGGUGGCAACACAGGGUACAAAUGCAGUGCCUACGAAUGUGCCAAGCACCAAUGUGGGACCAACUUCAGCCUUACCACAAGGCAACAACUGUGGCAGCCCAGUCGGUACAGUCCAGGGAUGUGGGGAAAAUGACAGCUCAUUAACAAACAAAACGCAGCAGGCAAGCACGCAGUCAUCGCCCUCUGUUACAGAGAGAGUGCAACCGCCAUUAACAAAUUGUGUUGGUUACGCUAGUCCAGCAAAGACCAAAACUACGGCUGCUACCGUCUCCCCUGUAUCUGCCACUGCAACAACAAAUACAGCAAAGUCUCUUCCAUUCGGUAAUGGGGUAAGUGGUAUGGUGACAACAGUAGCAAGCAUUGAUGGGGUGGUAAGAACAGUUCAUACUGUAACCAAGUCAGUUGUGAAGACCACCACUCAAAGUUCCACCCACACAGUUGUAAGGACUCAACAGUCGGGUACUGUUGCUCAAACAUCAACUGUUAGUAGUUCAAUGGCUGCUACUGUCAAUGCCACAAAAACUGAAACUAGUUCCAAAGUAUUGAGUUCUGGAAUUGCAAGCAAAGGUACUUCAAGUGUUGUUACUUCUCAAGCAUCUGCUGUGAAAGCAUCUCUCACUGUUUCGAAGUCCGAUGGCGACGUAACGUACUCGACCACAGGAAAGGUGUACCUUGCAAAGUUUACCAGAGUCAAGAAGAAGAAAAGUCAGAAAGUUUUACUUCCAAGUAGUAAUAAGUUUUCCACUCGAGUAGGGAAGAAGAGCAUAUUUAUCCUCCCACCCCAAGAGCUCAGGAAGCUUGCCAGGCGAGGGGCAAAUAAGGAAGUUGCGUGCUUCAAGUAUGAUGCCAAAAUGGUGGGUGCCCACUGGCCUUAUUUAGCUCCAAGGCCAACCUUCCGGCUUGCUUGGCGGUACCACGUGCAAAUACUGCGUUCACUGUCGUCCGUGGCCUCGCUGAUACGAGUCCUGUGGGCGUGUUUGCGUUGGGAGGACAUGAGUAUCAAGCCACCGACGGGGACAUCCAACACGAUAACGACAGAAACAGAGAUCACUACGACAGAAAUUACCAAGAGAAGAGACGUGGGGACGUUUGGUCUGCGGUCAGAGUACUGCGUGAGGAAGAUCAUCUGUCCAAUCAACACACCUUCUCAAAAAGAAACCCACCGUCCACAGAGGAAGGGUCUCCGCUCCAGUUCCCAGACACCCAAGGCUGAGGCCCCCCAGCCCAGCGGCCCCAUGGUGAUAGAGACCUGGGUGCCGGAGGAGGACCUGGAACUAUGGGAGAUCAGACAGUUUGCUGAGAAGCUAGAGAAGCAGCAGGAGCAGGCCCGUCAGAAGGUGGCCCAGGCGGAGGCUGCGACCAAGGCUGAGCAGGUGAAGGCCCAGCUGGAGGUGCAGCUGAAGCAGCAGAGGCAGGCCAUGCAGCAGAAACGCCUGCAGGAACAGGCUACCAAGACAAAAACACAGACACCACAGACUCCCCAAGCCACCCCGAAGGUUGUCACUGUGUCCAUCACCCCCGAGCAGAUGAAGUUGGUACAGUCCGGCGGGGCGACACCAGUCACCAGUAUCACCACGGCGACCACAGCUGUGGUGCAGACCCCGACAGGUGUGAAGAAGGUGCAGAUACCUGUCCGGAGGAUCAUCACUGUUGGAGGGGCUGCAGCCGCGGCAAGGGCAUCAGCUGCCUCCUCAGGCAUUCUUGGAACCACCAAGACAACUCCAAGUCUUCUGCCCGCUGUAUCCAAGCAGACCUUCCCACCUUACCCGUCCCAGGGGAUGACAGCCACCCUCUCCGGUACCCCCACCUCCUCAACAAUGGUACGGCUUCCCAUCUCACAGCUGCAGCAGGCAGGAGGCAAGAUCCAGUUCAAGACCGUGACAGUACAGGCCCCAGUCCUGGGACAAGGCCAAACACAGGUCAUCCAGGGUCAGGGUGUGUCGAGUCAAGGUCAAGGACAGGUGCUGCAGGCCCACAUGACCCCCCAGGGUGUGCUCCAGUAUCGUCUGAUCAAGCCUACAGGCCAGGCAGUACAGGCACAGGUGGUGGCCAGCACACAGGGACAGGCUGUACAGUCCCAGACUGCCCAGAUCCAGGUGCAGGCUGGUGCGACCAGUCAGACGGUGCAGGUGCCAGUCCAGACCCAGCAACAGGUGCAAGCACACCCACAGGUGGUGGUCAAGCCCUCACAGAGCGGUGCUGUACAGGGUACAGUCCAGGCCCAAGGCCAGGCUGUCCAGGGACAGCGCCUCAUCUUACCAGCUGUUAACACUCAGGGUGCUAGUGCAACUGUCCAGACCAGUGCAGCCUCUGUGUCCGGGCAGGUGUCUGGUCAGCCCUUGCAGGGCCAGGCCACCGUGUCUCAGACCCCGGGGAUGCAGACCCAACCCCUGAAGAUCCAGACGGCCCAGGGACAGACCAUCGUGUUACAGCCACAGUCCCUGGUCACUCCGACUGGACAGGCCCAGCUGCUCCCUGGACAGCAGAUCUUUAGGGCCACCAUGCCUGACGGGACGGUCAAGCAUUUCAUCAUCACACCCAAGAUCGUCACUCAGACUGUGCAGCCCACCACCAGCACUCCGCAGCCCAUCAAGAACGUGGUGAGCCUGCAGACGCCCAGCGUGCAGCAGAAAAUCCUGCAGAUGCAGCAGCAGCACCAGCAGCAGCAGCUGGCCGCCAUCCAGGAGGCCCAGAAGAAGGACAGGGAGCUGCAGCAGAAAUAUCAGCAGCAGUUGAUGCAGAAACAGCUUUCUGAUUCACCAUUGGCAGUUGGAAAACAAGCAAAGGUGCAGAUUAAGCAGAACAAGCUGAUUGAGAACCUCCGUGCCAAACAGAAGACACUCACACCUGAGGAGAGAGAGGACAACCAAAGGAUGAUCGUGUGUAAUCAGGUCAUGAAGCACAUCCUGGACACGAUCGACCGCGAGGAGAAGGCCGAUCAGAAGAAACGCAAGAAGGAAGAGACGGCAGAACAGAAACGCAGCAAGGCCAUGGCUCUCAAACUGCAGACAACACUCUUCAAACACAAGGAGCAGCUGAGGAAAGACAUGCUGAAAAAACGCUCUCUCAUGGAGAAGGAGAUUACAAAGGAAGUUCAGGAUGAACUGAAACAUGAACUGAAGAAGAAGGGUCACAAGAGAAAGGGGAGCGAGACAGCCUCCUCCGGUCUGGAAGACACGCCCAAGAAGAAGAAGAAAGCAGAGAAGCCUGCGAAGGCAGAAGGGAAGUCUAAGAUGAUCCGAACCAGCCAGUCUAGUAGGGACAAGGACAGGAAGCUGUACUGUGUCUGCAAGACUCCGUACGACGCAACACAGUUCUACAUCGGCUGUGACCUGUGCAGUAACUGGUUCCACGGUGCGUGUGUCGGCAUCACGGAGAAGCAGGCGGAACAGAUGGACUCGUACACCUGUCCUGACUGCAGCCGACUCACCGAGGACGGGGAACAGGAGCUGUACUGUCUCUGCAGGACACCGUAUGAUGAGACACAGUUCUACAUUGGUUGUGACCGGUGCAAUGACUGGUUCCACGGCCGGUGUGUGGGCAUCCUGCCGGCCGAGGCCGACGAGAUCGACUACUACAUCUGCCCCAACUGUCAAUCAUCCAAAGACAUGCAGAUGCACAACAAGUCUCUGAGUGAGAAGGACACGGAUCAGCUGAAACGACUUCUCAAGUCCCUACAGUCUCACAAGAUGGCCUGGCCCUUUGUAGAGCCAGUGAGUGAGCUGGAGGUACCAGACUAUUACCAGGUCAUCAAGGAACCCAUGGACCUUUCAACUGUGGACAAACGACUCCGGCAGAAAUAUUACAAGACUCUGAACCAGUACGUAGCCGACAUUUCCAAGAUAUUCGACAACUGUCGCUACUACAAUCCCAGCGACUCUGCUUUCUGCAAGUGCGCCGAGGUUCUGGAGGGAUUCUUCCUACAGAAGCUCAAGACUGUCAAAUCUCGCUUAGGAAGCUGAGGGACUUUGCAUAACAUUGUACAGAAUUUUUGAUAUGGUUGAAUUUGUUGAAUGAGACAUUUGCAAGAGAAGGUUGUAGAGAACUACGUUUUAUGAUAGUAAGAUUUGUAUUUGUGGCCUUUUCAUCUUGAUAUUAUGUACAUGUAUAUUACCGUGACGUGGGAAGAACGAAUGUUGACUUUUGUAACUGUGGGAAAGCGAAAGAUGGCAAGAUGUAAUGAGAAUGUGUGCAGAAGUUUGAAAGUAGAGGUAUUUAUGUGAAAUUGUUUGUACAUAAAGCUGCAUUAUGAAUGCUUCGCUGUAGGAUAUUGCUGCAAAGAGAUAGCGUAUUGCGCUUAUAGCUUAGAGAUGCAAUCUGAGCAAUUUUGUGGAAUGUCGACCAGUUUUCAAUGCACCUUUGAGAUGACAACUUCUUUGUCUACCAGUGCCAGACUAGUGGUAUGUACUGUAUUUAUUGUUGACAUUAUUUAUACUUGUGCAGUCCAGUCCAAACUGAUACGACAGUAGGUGACCACUGAAGACAGCUUUGAGUUGAGCUAUGAACAGUAUUUCUGAAAACAUCAACAUCUCGCAAACAGAUUUGUGGUAUCGUCUUCUAAGCUCAGUGGUUGUAACUGCAUUUUUCACCCCAAAGCAAGUACAAAUGUAUUUGGACACUGAAUGUGGAAGAGUGUACAGCAUUGCUACUGCCUUGUCAUGUUCUGUUGCAAUGGGAAUUCAGGGACAAGAAUAUAAAUUUCCUGAAUAUUGAUAAUCUUACCAAACACUGACCCUGGUUCCCAUGAACCAUAAAUAAAAUUGAAAGCAUCCAAACUCACUGAUUCUGUGUUACCGAAGGCCCAGUCCUGGUUGCACAAUUACAGCCAUUUGUAUACAGUAACCUUUCGAAAAAACAGUCUUGACAAUUUUUCUCGCCAAAUUUUGUUCAUUGAUCUACAAAAAUAUACAGACCACGUAUUUGGUUGUCCAAUUGUAUAUUGAUAAUUUUUAUCUACUAGACAACCUUGGAAAGACAAGGUGAGCAUUUUCCCCACAAUCAUAAAAAAUACUGUAGAUAGGAGAAAUAUUGUCCAGAGCCUAGGCUGGCACAGAGUGGUAUCCAAGAUACUGCAUAGGUGAUUGUUCCAUUCAGAAGGAUAUCAUGAUAUAUGUCUUCUCAUAAAUCAUAUACUAUAUGGUUAACACAAGAGGUCAUAUGGGUACAUGUAAAUAGACAAAUAUCACCAUUGCACUUGUUUGUACUGCAAAUUGACCUUGGUAUAUGUCAUGAUGAAAAAUCAAGGUACAUUUGUAAUACAUUGUAUAUGGAAUCCCUUAGUUAUGUGGAGAUUAUGGUUAGACUUUUCUGAAAGUACUUUGGCACAGACUUGUAUGUGCCACAAUGUUGCACAGUCAUCUAAAAGCAUAUACUAGAUGUAGCGCAUUGUUUUGUAUUUCUGCUUCUCAUAGUCGUUAUUAUUAAAGAUGCCCCAUUUUUUUCUUUUUGUACAAAGUAAAGCUACAAUAAAUGUUACUAUUGUAUUUCCAGUA